AUGGCUACAAACAGGUGGAGUAUCGUUUUAUUUAUAGCAAUGGUUGCUGCAAUAGCUUCUUCAGUUACUGCCAAGGAGUUCAUUGUUGGUGAUGAUAAAGUUUUCAACUAUGCUGCUGGAAAACACAAUGUCUUCAGAGUCAAUGGAACAGUAUUCCAACAGUGUAUGAUUCCUCCUGUUAACGAAGCUCUCACUAGUGGAUACGAUGUCAUAACCCUUCAAACACCCGGAAGAAAAUGGUAUAUUUAUGGAGUUGGAAAACAUUGCGAGCAAGGUGGUAUGAAGCUUUUCAUCACUGUUCUCCCUCAAUCAAUACCACCCCCGGCUCCUUGGGUCUCCCCUGUUCCAUCAAGCAAGGUGUUUGUGGUUGGUGACGAUAAAGGAUGGACCUUGAACUUUGAUUACCAAGCUUGGGCCAAGGGAAAACAAUUCUUUGUCGGGGACAAACUUGUCUUCAGAUACGCUGUGGGAAAGCAUAAUGUGUUCAGAGUAAAUGGAACUUCCUUCCAACAAUGUACUAUCCCUGCUGCUACUGAAGCUCUCACAAGUGGAUACGAUGUGAUCACCCUUGAAACCCCUGGGAGGAAAUGGUAUAUUUGUGGUGUCGGAAAGCACUGUUUGAUGGGACUGAAACUUUUCAUCAAUGUACUCCCCCAGUCAACAUAUCCUCCUCCUCCGUACCAUGGAGCACUUAAACUUGCACCACACAAAUUCUAG